UAUGUAAAGUUUUUUUUUAAAAGUGUACACUUAAUACCACAUACAUAGCUAAGUGGUUAUAUCAUAUAGGCUACACGAACGUGUAAUACAGGUUCUGUUGCCAAACUGCAACGAUGCUUUUAUUUUGAAAGUCGUGAAACAGGCACACAGGGUGAUCAGCUGACUCCAAUGUUGAUAAAGCAAGUUGUCGCCGGUGGAGGAAGCUGAGAUCCUGCUGAUCGUCUCGUUGUUCAGACUCUCCGGGCCGGUGGUUUCAUGCCCAGGGCGACCGAGAGAAGGAGGUGAACACCAGGAAAGGAGCGCUGCCGUCAGCAUGGACAUCCAGACCGAGAGAAGGAGGCUGCUGGAUGGGGAGGCUGGAGAUGAGGACCCCACGGGACUCAUGUCUGAGCAGGAGGCCUAUCUCAGCAAAGUGAAGAACGGCAAGCUGUACCUGGCCUCCUUCGCUGCCGUUCUGGGUCCCAUGAGCUUCGGCUUCGUGCUGGGUUACAGCUCCCCCGCCAUCCCCGAGCUCAGCCGCAUCUCCGACCCGCGGCUGCGGCUCAGCGAAGUCCAGGCCUCCUGGUUUGGGUCCAUAGUGACAAUUGGAGCAGCGCUGGGCGGCCUGCUGGGCGGCUGGAUGGUGCAGAAGAUCGGCAGGAAGCUCAGUCUGAUGUUCUGCACUCUGCCCUACGUCUUCGGCUUCACCAUCAUCAUCGCCGCGCAGAACCUGUGGAUGUUCUACGUCGGCAGAGUGCUGACGGGCGUCGCCAGCGGCAUCACGUCGCUGGUCGUCCCGUUGUAUAUCUCUGAGACGGCCCAUGAGAAGGUCCGCGGGACGCUGGGCUCCUGUGUUCAGCUCAUGGUGGUCUCGGGGAUCAUGGGAGUUUACCUGGCAGGCCUGUUCAUGGACUGGCGCUGGCUGGCGAUCUGCUGCUCCAUCCCGCCGUCACUGGUGAUGGUCGCCAUGUGUUUCAUGCCGGAGACGCCGCGGUUCCUGCUGUCCAAAGGAAAGAGGCGGGAGGCUGAGGAGGCGUUACGCUUCCUGCGAGGGCCGGAUGCUCCCAUUGAAUGGGAGUGCGCUCGAAUCGAGGACGCCUGUGAUGAACAGGGCUCCACCUUCCACCUGUCUGACCUGACCGAUCCCGGCGUCUACAAGCCUCUGCUGAUCAGCGUCCUGCUGAUGUUCUUCCAGCAGAUGACUGGGAUCAACGCCAUCAUGUUCUACGCUGAGAAUAUCUUCGAGCAGGCGCAUUUUAAGGAGAGCGACUUGGCUUCGGUGAUCGUGGCUCUCAUUCAGGUCGUCUUCACCGGGAUAGCAGCUCUGAUCAUGGACAGAGCCGGCAGGAAGGUUCUCCUCGUCGUCUCAGGUGUUUCCAUGAUGAUCAGCACCACAACAUUUGGAGUUUACUUCUACCUGGUGUCCAAAGCGGCCAGCACGGCGGCGGCAGAGCCCCCCCCCGACCUGACCUGGCUGGCCCUGGCCAGCAUGGCAAUCUUCAUCGCAGGCUUCGCCAUCGGUUGGGGUCCCAUCCCGUGGCUCAUCAUGUCUGAGGUCAUUCCCAUCAGAGUGAGGGGCUUCGCUGGAGCCGCCGUGGUCCUCAGUAACUGGGGCAUGGCCUUCGUCGUCACCAAGUCCUUCCAGGACAUGAUGAUCCUGCUGACCAGCGCCGGGACCUUCUGGCUCUUUGCCUGCAUGUGCGCCCUCAACGUCGUCUUCACUGUCAUCUUCGUCCCAGAAACAAAAGGCAAGACGCUGGAGCAGAUCGAAGCCAUUUUCAGAGGGACAUCAGGUCCAUGAAAGGGUCCUAAGCAACGAAAGACCUCAUCCUGAAAAAACUGUUAAAGUGGGCUUUUUUUUUUUAAAUAAACAUCCUCAACAAACAUAAA